ACAGCUAAAAUUACCUUGCUCUCUCUCCAGGAAGAGCUUGAUGAUGUUAACUCUGUUUGCUAACCGUAGUUCUCCAGUUAUCUAGAGUCAAAUACAGACUACUUUUCCCCCCUCCUUUUCUACCUCUUCUCCAAUUGGUCUCCCAUUUCUCUUUCUCCAUUCAGUAAACUUAAGAUGCAUUGAGGGCAGAGUCGGAGCCAUCCUGCUCUCCCCGCCCAUUUCCCGCUCCAUCCCUAAUUGUUCUUUGCCAGGCCUUGGUUCCUUCUUUUCCACUUCUCUCAAGCUCCCCCUCCCCCUCGGAUUCUAAAAGCCUUUCCCCUCCCCCUCCCUUGGUCCCUCACUCUCCUUGCCCCCUCCCCCCACUUCGCCUUGUGACACAUCCUGGGCUCUCUCAGUCUCAGCAGCAGUAGCCGGUACGGCGGCGGCAGCAGCAGCUUCAGCAGCAGAGGCGGCAGCCGCUGGGCCCCUCAGCCUCUCUUCCCAGCUGAGCUCUUGCUGCAGUCAUGGCUGCUGAUGGAGUGGAUGAACGUUCUCCUUUGCUGUCAGCAUCCCAUUCUGGAAAUGUCACUCCAACCGCCCCGCCGUAUUUGCAAGAAAACAGCCCCCGAGCGGAACUUCCACCUCCUUACACAGCCAUUGCUAGUCCAGAUGCCAGUGGUGUUCCUAUAAUAAACUGCCGUGUGUGCCAAUCUCUAAUCAAUUUGGAUGGCAAGCUUCACCAGCAUGUAGUGAAAUGUACAGUCUGCAAUGAAGCUACGCCAAUCAAAAACCCACCAACAGGAAAGAAGUAUGUUAGAUGUCCAUGUAAUUGUCUCCUCAUCUGUAAGGAUACAUCUCGGCGAAUAGGAUGUCCAAGACCCAACUGUAGACGCAUUAUUAAUCUGGGCCCAGUAAUGCUAAUUCCUGAAGAACAGCCUGCUCAGCCUGCAUUACCAAUUCAACCAGAAGGGACACGAGUAGUAUGUGGACACUGUGGAAACACAUUCCUGUUCUUUAAGGUUUACAAAGUGCUCUCUUCACAACAACCCUGUGAGUGGAUGGAACUGAGGUUCAACACUCUAGCAAAAUGCCCACACUGCAAAAAAAUUUCCUCAGUGGGUAGUGCACUUCCUCGAAGACGUUGCUGUGCAUAUAUUACCAUUGGAAUGAUAUGUAUUUUCAUUGGCGUUGGAUUAACUGUUGGUACACAAGAUUUUGCCAGGCGAUUUCAUGCAACCUAUGUUUCUUGGGCAAUUGCUUAUCUUUUAGGUUUGAUCUGCCUUAUCCGAGCUUGUUAUUGGGGAGCCAUAAAAGUCAGUUAUCCAGAACACAGUUUUGCAUAAGCGUACUUCUAGUGAUAGAUUGCUGCAGGUGAGAAUCUCUAGCAGUUCUGGAUAAAACAAGUGGACGUUUAAAAAUAAUUUUCCUUGAUGGAUUCCAUUCUAAGUAUAGUAGUUUAAAGUUGGGGGGAGGGUCUUUUUAAUAAGUAAAUAUCCAUUGCACUGCAUUAUAUGCAAAGACUUUGUUUUGCUGCUAGAUUUUCCAAGCUCUGAAUAAUAAAGCUAUGUUUACAUGUUUAUUUUACAAAGUACUUUAACAUUUUUCACCCACAUUUUAGGUUUUACAUCUUUUCAUUAUUUUAAAAAAAAUUUGUUACAUUACUUUACGAUCUGAGUAUUUAAAAGCAAGUUGUUAAUCUGUUUCUAAAAUAGUUUCAUAAUCAUACUUAGAUUUUAAUUACAGCUGUAUCAAAGUGGCUUGCUUAAAGAUCUAAGCAAUAAGUAUUCUGCCUGAACUUACAAUAACUUUCAGAAGAUCAUAGUGACCUUAUUCAAAACACAUUAGUUGAAUCUACUUUUGAAAUACUGUGAUACUGUCACUGGAAAGAAAACAUUUGUAAACACUGUAUGCUUGUUUUUUCAGGUAGAAAGAACUAUUUUGGUAGCAUUGAAAUAGAAUGAUAAAAUAAUUAUUUGUUCACUAUGGGAGAAAAUGUUGGAUAAAUGUCUUUUCUCAAAGAUCCCAAGAGUUAUUUUAUUUUUCUCCUAAUUUUAUUUGUCUGUCCUAAGAAGCCCUGAUCUAAAUUCAAUGAACUUAAUUUUAAUAAUUUGUAGGAGUUCCUUUACCCAGUCUGGGGAAAGUGUUUCAUAUAAUGUUUUGUAAUACGUAGCUAUCUUGUAGAAAAAGGUAGGGUUUACAUUGGUCUGCUUCUUGUCAUUUGACUAUGGCAAAAUUUCCCUUGGGAGGCCAAUAUACAUACUGGUCAUGUGGAAAAGGAGUUAUUGACAUUUUAUGCUAGCUAAAAGGAUGAGUAUACACUUAGUUUUACCACUUCAUCCUAAUAUAGCUGGUCAAUUCAAUACCCACUUUAUAUAAGGUGGAAUAAGCAAACAAGAAGCAAUUUAGUUUUCUAAGAAUUCACAAGGGUUAAGGGACCAGCUCUCACACUGCCCAUCUUUGCAAUUUUGAAAACUUUUUUUGCAAAAUUGAGAGAGAUUGUCCUGAGCUCUUUAUAAGCUAGUAGUUUUUAAGUAAGGGGGAGUUGGGAGUAAAUUAAUUAGCUAUUCCAGGAAUAAGAAAAAUAUUUUAAAAAUAUUUCUGUUCCUAAUUUUGUUAAGAAGGCACUUAUGAGCUAAUUUGGAAUACAGUAAGUGUAAACUUCAAAGGAUAAAUGAUGAUUAAUGUACAAAUGCAGUAGCUCAGGAUUAUAAUGUACCUUUUAAAAGUACACUAAUAAAGAUAAUUAUUCAAAAGUU